CUGGGUGGGUCCCGCCGGGAUUGGGGCGGGAGAGAAACACUGCAGGCGCGGAAGCCGCGACGGUGCGGUGGCCGGUGGGAGAUGCACAGGACCGACCCGCGGACGGAGAGUGAGGGGCUGACGACGAACCGCGCAUUGACCGACUGACGGACUCUGACAUUGUGUGACCAGCGGUCGCUCAGCUGGGUUUGUGGAUAUGUCCCCCAGCACCUGCAGGCUUAAGUCUGGCAGGGGCUGUGAAUGCAUUGGAUUGGGUGUUCACCGCAUGCUUUCUGUGUGCCAGGCUGGUACUGGACGCCUGUCAUGGAUUGCCUUGGGUAACCUCGCAGCAACCCCCUGAGACCCAGUUUCAAGGCUCCAGUCAUCUCGUGUCUCACUGGGGUGCUGCUGCCCGAUGGCCAUCCCCAAGAGCCCCCUGAACCCCGUGCCCUGGGAACAGGAUGGCUUCCUACAAGUGAAGGUGGAGGACGAGGAGGCUAUCCUCUCCCAGCUCCAGGAACCCAGCCUUGGCCACACUGCCCACCCGGAGGCUGCACGUCUGCGCUUCCGGCACUUCUGCUAUGAGGAAGCAUCCAACCCACACGAGGCCCUGGCCCAGCUCCGCAUACUGUGCCGCCAGUGGCUGCAGCCUGAGGCGCACUCCAAGGAGCAGAUGCUGGAGCUGCUGGUGCUGGAGCAGUUCCUGGGCGUACUGCCCCCCAAGAUUCAGUCCUGGGUGGGGGCCCAGUGUCCCAAGAGCGGCGAGGAGGCUGCCGUGCUGGUGGAGGAUCUGACUCAGGCACUGGACAAGAGAGGACAGGAGCCUGGAGCUGAGCUCUCCGAGGCCAGCUGCAAGCAGAGCGAUUUGGAAGAGUCAGAGGCGUCAGACAGGGCCACCGAAACCCUUGUGGGCAGUGACUCCCUGGGACCCGUCUUUGGUGAUGCCUGCGAAGCUGAGAGCAGCUCCGAGAGGCGGGCAGGACUCUCAGGGGAGGUCUGGACGAAGUCAGUUGCCCACAAGAUGGAUUUCAGGGAAACCUCAGGGCAUCACAUGGACACCCCCACAGACCAACCCAGCUGUGAAUCUGGUGCCUUGGAGAACAGUCCCGACAGGUGGCCAGACUUCACUUCACAAGAGAAGACUCCUUCAGAAGAGAAAUUCGAUCCAUCGGAUGGCUGUAAGACAGCGCCUCCAUGCACGGACUCAGGGAGGAAGUCCUCCAAGUGUGGCAGGUGUGGGAAACUGUUCCGGAGCCCCUCGGCCCUUGAGGCACACCGGAAGAGCCAUUUUCGGAAGACACCCUACACCUGUGGCGAGUGUGGCAAAGCCUUCAGCCGGAGCACUCACCUGGCCCAGCACCAGGUCGUCCACACGGGGGCAAAGCCCCACGAGUGUAAGGAGUGCGGGAGGGCCUUCAGCCGGGUCACCCACCUGACCCAGCACCAGAGGAUCCACACUGGGGAGAAGCCCUACAAAUGUGGGGAAUGUGGCAAAACCUUCAGCCGAAGCACCCACCUCACCCAGCACCAGCGGGUACACACAGGGGAGCGGCCCUACGAGUGUGAUGAGUGCGGCAAGGCCUUCAGCCAGAGCACCCACCUGACCCAGCACCAGCGCAUCCACACGGGGGAGAAGCCCUACAAGUGCGAUGCCUGUGGGAGAGCCUUCAGUGACUGCUCGGCCCUUAUCCGCCAUCUGAGAAUCCACUCUGGAGAGAAGCCGUAUCAGUGCCAGGUUUGUCCGAAGGCCUUUGCGCAGAGCUCCUCCCUCAUCGAGCACCAGAGGACCCACACGGGUGAGAAGCCGUACAAGUGCCGCGACUGCGGGAAGGCCUUCAGCCGCAGCUCGGCCCUCAUGGUCCACCUGAGGAUCCACAUCAUGGUGCUGCCGUGACUGGAGAGCCCCUGGGACACAGCACAGCCUCCCGUGGAGGCUCAACACCUGAGAGGAGCCCUCGCUUCCGAAAGAGCCCAGAGGAAUAGGGUGGGUGAUCGGUGAGUCCUCCAAAAUGAUAAGGUGCUUAAGGGCAGACUCUGGGGCUGUCUGGGAACAACUCUGCCUUUGAGGACUCGGAUGGAGGCCUCAGAGCAGGGCCAGUCGGAAUGAAGUUUCUAUCAGGACUCUGUGGUCCCAAGAUGCUCUGGGAAAAGGGGCUCCAGCUUCACAUUGCCAUGUGGCUGCUCUUGCCUGUUCCUCUCCUGCUCAGCGCAGGAGGGAUGCCUGCCCACGCCCACCUCUGUGCCUUCACAGCUCCUCUUUCACUCCCCCUGUUCAUGUCUGACUCCAAGGCCGAUUUGUGGGUCUGUCUCUUCUGUGAGGCCUUCUCCAGACCCACAGUCUCUCACGUUCUCCCUGUCUCAAGUGAAGGCACUGCUUGACACUUGUGCGGCCUCCGUUGCUCCCUCCUGCCUCCUUCGACAUCCCAUGAAUCAUCAGCCCUGUUGGUUUUACCUAAAACUCACCUCUAGUCCAUCUUCUUCACUAUCGUGAGCUUAUGUGAGCCCUCAUUGCCUCACAUCUGGAUUCCCGCAGGAGUCUCCUCCCUGACCCCUUUCUGCCUUCAUUCUCCACUCCCCACCCUCUGCUGUUUCAUUCUCCACACUGGCCUCCAGGAGACUCUUUUUACAACUCAAAUCUGAUAGUGUCACUCCACAGUGGAAGGCUCUCUGAUGCGUCACCUCCUACAGCAGAGAUUCCUGAGUGGGUUACAAGUCUGCCAAGAUCUAAGGUGCUUUGGGCCCCAAGCAACCUCUCCAGUGACCCUCAUAUGUGCAUAUGAAUAUUGUCAUUUCUCUGGGUGUGCAGUGACAUGAACAUGGUUUCAAAGUACUGCCCCCUGGGAUAUUCCCCUGCCAUUCAUGAUCGCUCGUGACAUGGUGCCUGGCCUCACCUCCCUGCAUGGUCCUACUUUCCCUCCACCAGCCACGUGGAACUGCAUGUGGUUCCUGAAGAAGCCAUACUGUUUCCUGCCUAUGUGCCUUCUUACCUGUGCCUGGAAUCCUCCCCUCCGCUUUCCUCCAAGAUGUUUCAAAUCUCCUCCCCAAAGUGUACCCACCUCCUCAAGCCAACUUCAGCCUGCCUCUGCUCCAGAGCGUUACCUCCUUACCUUGCUCACGCCUCCUGCCAUGUUGUGUUUACUCCCUGCAGAGCUCACAGUCUGCUUCCCAAGGACACUGGGAGCUUCCACGAGCAGGGGCCAUGUCUUAUUCUCAGCAUCCACAGCACACAGGAUGCAAUAGGCCCUGACCCCUGUCUGUUGAACGAAUGCACUGUGGUACCUUCCCAGAGGCAGCCACCAUGCUCCACCCUGCACUGUCUCCUUGCCAACUGUGGGCCCUGCAGGGCUGGGAUGGUCUGAUUUCCUCAGGGCCCCAGCACUUAGACAAACCUGGCCUGCAGUGGCCUCAAUAAAACGCUAUUGUACUGAG